AAACAAAUGUGGUGUUGAGAAAGUGACCUUGUUCACCUGCUAGUCCCAGAAACAAACCUACCAGCCUUACACAGACCUCAAAACGCCUCUCAAUAUCCCCCAAAAAACCUUCUCUCUUUCGAUCCUCUCUCGAUCUCCCAUGGCCUCCAAUGGUGCUUCUCCGAGAGUUGCAGACCCAGAGAAUAGCUUGGAGAAGAUCAAGCGCCAGCUCGCUUCCGGGUCGGGUCGGAACUUGCUCCAGGGCCCACUUCUCAAGCGAUCCGAGACUCUGCGGAAAUGGAACGAGCGGUGGGUGAUCUUGGACCCAACAACAGGAAGAAUGGAAUACAAGAUUAGGAGAAAUGAGCCGAGUGUGAAGGGGACCAUUCUGUUUGAUGCAAACAGCACAAUCACCCUGUCUCCUGUGAACUUCCAUGGGAUGCCAAAGUAUGACGGCUGCUGUUUCUAUAUUGGGACCCCGCAGAAAAAAGAUUAUUUCCUUUGUGCAGAAACUCCCGGUGCAGCUAGAGCUUGGGUGUCAACGUUACAAGCAACACAGUUGGUACUAAAGGCCCAUAAAGAAGCUGUGAAUUCCUUGAGUGGCAAUGGUUCAGCAAAACUAGGUACUGUUGCAGCAGUUGUUGCUGCUGCGAAUUCAACUGCUGCAGAGAGUUCAAAGGAAAUUGAAGCAGCAAUGCAUAUCUCUUUGAGAAAUGCUUUGGGAAUGAUAACCCAGAAGCCAACCGAUGGUCCCAUGGAUGAUUUUGCAGUAAUGAAGGAGACACUGAAGGUUAAAGAUGAGGAACUACAAAAUUUGGCUCGGGACGUACGAGCACGUGAUUCAACAAUUAAAGAACUUGCAGAGAAAUUAACUGAGACUGCUGAAUCUGCUGAGGCUGCAGCCUCAGCAGCUCAUACAAUUGAUGAACAAAGGAGAAUUGCUUGUGCAGAAAUCGAGCGUUUAAGAAGAGAAUCAGAGAAGCAGCAGGAAUCUUCCAUGUCAAAGCUAAAAGAUUCUGAAGCAAAGGUUAUGGACUUGAUCAAAGAAAGAGAGCAAGUGAUUAGGCAGAGAGACUCUGCUCAUCAGGAGGCUCACAUGUGGCGUUCUGAACUUGCUAAAGCUAGAGAGCGUGUUGUGAUAUUAGAGGCAGCCGUUGUCAGAGCCGAAGAGAAGGUCAGGGUUGCAGAUUCAGAUGCUGAAGCUAGAAUAAAGGAGGCUGUGCAGAAAGAGUCAGCUGCACUGAAUGACAAGCAGGAGCUCCUUGUCUAUGUAAAUAAGUUACAAGCACAACUCCAGAGAGAGCAUGUGGAUAAGCAAGUGUUCGAGGAGAAGUCAGAGUCUUGCUCAGAUAUUGGCAAUACACCCCUGACAAAACAUAUAGACUUAUCAGAGGAAAAUGUUGAUAAAGCAUGCCUUAGUGUUUCUAAAUCAGUUCCAGUACCGGGAGAGAGUGUAGUUCACAUGUCAGGGGAUCAAGCCAACCUCCGGCCAGUUGGAGAUGGUGAAUGGAGUGAUAUUCAGGCCACAGAGUCGAGGAUAGCCGAUGUAAGAGAAAUCGCCCCCGAAUCAGAAACAAGCAGUUUAGAUAUUCCUGUUGUUAGCCAACCAGUUGGUAACCAUCACGAUCAAGGGGGAAACUCUUCUCUACAGCCUUGAAAAGUGAUACGUGUAUCGAGAAGACUACAUAGAAGCCAGUUUAUAGGAGAAACGAGAACUUUCUUGGUGUUUUCUUAUUCAAAGAAUUGAUUCUGCAGAGGAUACUGUAUACAUCUCUCGUAGUGCGUCUAACAUUCACAGAAAUGAAAAACACGUAAAACCCGCCUUUGUGUAAUGGUUCCGUGUGGUUAUGCCCAGUACAUACAACAAUUUCUCCCGGAGUCUAUCCAUACUGUUGUAUUUGUGUUCCUUCUCAACAGAACUGUUAUAUUGAAGAGCUUCAUCCUAAACUAUCUAUUGAGCUGAUAUUCUUCCGGCUGUUUUUCUUCCACCAGCUUUUCUUGCCCUCUUUGCUAGUCGUGGUAUCUUGAACCAUAUAAUGUCACAGCACGCUGACUUUCCAAUUUUAACUUUGGUCACGUUUGAAGGAUCUGGUGGUUUUGUUUCGUCUGCCUAGCAGUUACCAUGUUUGCUUCGGUACUUCUCAUUGCUCAUCAAAACCAGAGCCAUCGUCCAAUGCACCACCACCUCCACCCUUCCGGACG